AUGGAAUCAAAUAGUUGGUGGCAGAAGCAGGACGAUAUCGUUAUCUCGGGAGUCUCGGGCCGAUUCCCAAGAUGCGACAACGUCAAAGAAUUCGGAGAUUUGCUUCUUGCCGGAGAGGACUUGGUAACCGAAGAUGAUCUCAGAUGGCCGCCAGGCUUCUAUGAUCUACCAAAACGACACGGAAAACUGAAGGAAUUGAAGAAAUUCGAUGCGGGCUUUUUCCAAGUUACACCGAAACAAGCAAAUUUUAUGGAUCCACAAGUUCGGAUUCUAUUGGAAGCUUCGUGGGAGGCAAUGGUUGAUGCGGGCAUAAAUCCCAUUGAUCUCCGCGGAUCCAAAACCGGAGUGUUCGUCGGAUGCUCCGCUUCAGAAACAUCUGGAGCACUGACACAAGACCCUGAAUCGGUAACGGGCUACACGUUGACGGGUUGCGUGCGUUCUAUGUUCUCUAAUCGAAUCUCAUACACAUUCGACUUGCAAGGUCCAUCGUUCUCUGUGGACACCGCUUGCUCGUCUUCAUUAUUGGCACUUCAACUUGCCAUUGACUCUAUCAGACAAGGUCAAUGCGACGCCGCACUUGUCGCCGGAGCUCAUCUCACUUUGACUCCAACGGCAGCACUCCAAUUCUUGAGACUGGGCAUGCUCACAGAUAAGGGAAGCUGUCGUUCAUUCGAUGACUCUGGUGAUGGUUACUGUCGUACUGAAGGAGUCGCAGCAAUCUUCAUUCAAAGAAAGAAGAAGGCUCAAAGAAUUUAUGCAACCGUACUUCACGCGAAGUCGAACACUGAUGGAUACAAGGAACAGGGCAUAACCUUCCCAUCAGGAGAGAGACAAGCACAAUUGUUGCAAGAAGUCUAUUCGGAGGCUGGAGUUGAUCCCAAUUCAGUCUACUACGUUGAAUCUCACGGAACCGGAACCAAGGUCGGAGAUCCACAGGAAGCCAACGCCAUCUGUCAAGUUUUCUGCUCCAACCGAUCUGAUUCUUUGUUGAUUGGAUCAGUCAAAUCUAACAUGGGACAUGCUGAACCAGCAUCUGGAGUCUGCUCUUUGACCAAGAUUCUUCUUGCCAUCGAGCGUCAAAUGAUUCCACCAAACUUGCACUACAACACUCCAAAUCAAUACAUUCCGGGACUUGUUGACGGGCGUUUGAAGGUUGUCACGGAACCAACUCCACUUCCAGGAGGUGUUAUUGGAGUCAACUCGUUCGGAUUCGGAGGAUCCAACACUCACGUCAUCUUGAGAGCUGCCGAUCAUGUUGCUCCAGCUAUCCACCAACAUCCAUUUACCAAGAUUGUGACAUACUGUGGAAGAACCCAGGAAUCCGUCGAGAAGAUGUUCGCUGAAAUCGAGGCAAACAAGGAGAAUCUCUACCUUCAAGCCUUGUUGGCCAACCAAGCCAACAUGCCAGCCAACCUUCUUCCAUUCCGUGGAUACAUGCUCUUGGAUAGAGAGAAUGCUCAAUCUCCAAUGAAGAACAUCACCAAGGUUCCAAUUACCGAACCACGUCCAAUCUACUUCAUCUACUCUGGAAUGGGAUCUCAAUGGCCAGGAAUGGCUAUCAAGCUCAUGAAAAUUCCAAUGUUCGAUGAGUCUCUUCGUGCUUCUUCCAAGACUCUCGACGAGUACGGACUUGAUGUUUAUGGAAUGUUGUGCAACCCAGAUCCAGAACAAUAUUCCAACAACACCAUGAACUGCAUGCUUGCCAUCACUGCUAUCCAAAUCGCGUUGACCGACACCCUUACUGCUCUCGGAGUCUCUCCAGAUGGUAUCAUCGGUCACUCGACUGGAGAAAUGGGAUGCGGAUAUGCUGACGGAGGAAUCACUCGUGAACAAACCAUGCGAUUGGCUUACUAUCGUGGAACCACCAUCAUGAAUCACACUGAAAUCAAGGGAGCUAUGGCUGCUGUUGGUUUGACCUGGGAGGAAGUGAAGGCUCAAGCUCCAAAGGGUGUCGUCGCUGCUUGCCACAACGGAGCUGACUCAGUUACCAUCUCUGGAGAUGCUGAAGGAGUUGCCACAUUCUGUGCUCAACUCAAGGAGAAGGAUAUCUUCGCCAAGGUUGUCGAUACAUCUGGAAUUCCAUUCCACUCUCCAGCAAUGUUGGCUGUCAAGGACGAGAUGAUUGAGUCGAUGAGAACUGCAGUUCCAGAGCCGAAACCAAGAUCUUCCAAGUGGAUUUCUACAUCCAUUCCAGAAGAGGACUGGGAAUCCGAUUUGGCCGCCACUUGCUCUGCCGAGUACCACGUCCAUAACGCGUGCUCUCCAGUUCUUUUCUACGAAGCUCUUCAAAAGAUUCCAGCAAACGCUGUCACUAUCGAAAUGGCUCCACAUUCUUUGAUGCAAGCCAUUCUGCGUCGUUCUCUCAUGAAGACCGUCACCAACGUUGGACUCAUGAACAAGCCAAAGUCGGAGAACGAUGACGAACUCGAGAGCUUCUUGGGAUCCCUCGGAAAGAUCUACCAAGCCGGAGUCAACAUCCAGAUCUCUGAACUCUAUCCAGGAGGUCAAUACAAGGGAGUCGUUCCAAAGGGAACUCCAAUGAUUGGACCAAUGUGGCAAUGGGAUCACUCUCAAGACUGGCAGACCAUUGAUGGACGUCAUAUGGUUGCUGGAGGUGGUGGCUCCAUUCCAGCCUCGGCUACCUACAACAUUGAUCCAUUCGCUGCUGACUCGAAGGAAGCCUACCUUCUUGACCAUUGCAUCGACGGACGUGUUCUCUAUCCAUUCACCGGACACAUGGUCCUCGCCUGGAAAACUUUGUGCAAGCUGAAGAGUUUGGACUUCCAAAAGACUCCAGUUGUCUUCGAGAACAUCAAUGUCUACUCUGCUACCAUUGUGACCAAGCCAAUCAAAUUGGACGUUGUCUUGUCCCCUGGAAACGGAUACUUCGAGAUUAUCUCCGAUGAACAAGUCGCUGCUUCUGGAAGAAUCUAUGUUCCAGAAGACAACCAACCAUUCUAUUACGGAAAGCUUGAAGACAUUCGCACUUCUGAAAUUGCUGACCGUAUUGAGUUGGACACGGAGGAUGCGUACAAGGAGUUCCUCCUCAGAGGAUACGAGUACGGACAGGCUUUCCGUGGAAUCUACAAGACCUGCAACUCUGGAGAACGUGGAUAUUUGUACUGGACUGGAAACUGGGUCACCUUCUUGGAUUCCCUUCUCCAAACCGCUCUUCUUGCUGAGAGAUCCGAUACUCUUCGUCUUCCAACACGUGUUCGUCAUCUCCGUAUCGAUCCAAAUAAACAUUUGGAGCAUGUUGUCGAAAGAGACGGAAUCCAAGUUGUUGAGCUGAGAAACGACCAUUCAACGAAUGGAUGUAUCGCCGGAGGUGUUGAGUGCUGUGACUUGAAUGCCCAUUCUGUUGCCAGAAGAAUUCAAGUCUCCGGACAACUCUACCACGAGAAGGUCUACUUCGUCCCGCAUUUUGACCAGAACUGUCUCAAGGAGCAACCAGAGACAAGUACCAUUCUCAAGGACUACGCUGCCGUCAUCAAGCAAACUCUCUACAAUGGAUUCUCCAAAUGGCAGAAGGCUGGUCUCCUCAAGAAAUUGACGAACGGACCUCUCAUUGAGAAGGCUUUGCCUGUACUCAAGUCAUCGCUCAAUGAAGUUGUUUUGGAUGACACCGUCACUCGUUUCAUGCACGAUGGAAAGUGUACCAUUCUUCCACAUUUCACCGAGUUGUUCAAGAUCCCAGAUUCUGAUGAUUUCGCUGAAAUGGUCAUUGGAAAGCUGAAGAGCGUCCGUGGAAUCUUUGAGUUGGAUCGUCUCUGGGCCGGAGCUGUCAUCAAUGACAGAAUCGUCAAGAGUCUGCAAGACAUCUGCAUUGAAAACUCCGCUGGACAUCACGCCAAGAUGGCUGCCGUCGACUUGGUCUCAACCGAUCAAAUUCGUCAUUGCAUUGAAGCCAACUCAUCUCAUCCACUUCUCGAAGUUGAUUACAUGUGCGUUGGAGCAAAUGUCGAUCAUUUGGAUGAGAGCACUCUUGAGAUUGUUGGAGGAAAGAAGCAGAAGAUUGUUCUGGAUGAGAACUUUACUGGACAUGGAGAAGUUAAGAACAUGGACUACGUUCUUUUGGACAAGGUCUUGAACAAGAAAGCUAAUCCAAUCGCUUUCAUUGAAGCCUGCAAGCACUUGAUUCGUGACGAUGGAUUCUUGUUGGUCGUUGAAGUGACAUCUCAAUUCGAAAUUGCUCUUGCCCUUGAGUCUCUUCUUGGAAAUGAAAUGGCUGGAGAUGCUGAUCGCAAAUACACCCAAUUCUUCACCCAUGAGCAACUUCUUGAGAUCUUCAAGGCUACCGGAUUCAAGAUCUGCAACUUCCAAUCUGAUCCAGCCCUCAUGACCACCACCUAUGCCGUCCGUCGUGUUGCUCCCGUUCCACGUGAUCCUGCUUUCAUCGAUGUUGAUGACAUCAAGGAGUUCUCAUGGAUCGAGCCACUCCAGAAGACCGUUGAAGAGAGAUUGAAUGAGCCUGAUUCGAAGACAAUCUGGCUUGUCAGUAACAAGUGCCGUAACAAUGGAAUCGUCGGACUCGCUCUUUGCUUCGUUGAAGAGAAUCUGAAGUCAAACAGAUUCCGUUCCGCCUUCGAUAUGUCUGCUACCAAGGCGAUCCGUGAUGGACCACCUGUCUGGACUAUCGAUGAUGAGGAGACCAAGAAGAUCAUUGAUCUCGAUCUCCAUGCCAACGACUACAUGGACGGACAAUGGGGAUCGAUGCGUCACAUCGUUGUGAAGGAUGAGGAUGCUCACGUCUACAAGGACUGCGAGCACGCUUUCAUCAACACCCUCACUCGUGGAGAUGUAUCUUCUCUUACCUGGUUCGAGUCUCCAAAUCAAUACUUCGAUUCGAUGGCCAAGACUAAGUCGUCUCAAGAGUUGUGCUCUGUCUACUAUGCUCCCAUCAACUUCCGUGACAUCAUGCUCGCCUAUGGACGUCUUCCACCAGAUGCCAUCCCAGGAAACUUUGCUGAUCGUGAAUGCCUCCUCGGAAUGGAAUUCUCUGGACGUCUCAAGGAUGGAACUCGAUUGAUGGGAAUCCUUCCAGCUCAAGCUCUUGCCACAACUGUCAUGGUUGAUAGAGACUACGCUUGGGAGGUUCCAAGUGACUGGACUCUCGCUGAAGCAUCAACUGUUCCAGUUGUCUACACCACUGCUUACUAUGCUUUGGUUAGACGUGGAAUGAUGAAGAAGGGAGAUAAGGUUCUCAUCCAUGGAGGAGCCGGAGGAGUCGGUCAAGCUGCUAUUGCUAUCGCUUUGGCUGCAGGAUGUGAGGUCUUCACCACUGUCGGAUCUGCCGAGAAGCGUCAAUUCUUGAAGAAUCUGUUCCCACAACUCCAGGAACAUCACUUUGCGAACUCUCGUUCUGCUGACUUCGAACUCCAUAUCCGUCAACACACCAAGGGACGUGGAGUCAACAUUGUUCUCAACUCUCUUGCCAACGAAAUGCUCCAAGCUUCUCUCAGAUGCUUGGCUCGUCACGGACGUUUCCUCGAGAUCGGAAAAGUCGACUUGUCUCAAAACUCUUCCCUCGGAAUGGCCAAGCUUUUGGACAACGUCUCGAUUCACGGAAUUCUCCUUGAUUCGAUCAUGGACCCAACUGUUGGAGAUUUGGAGGAAUGGAAGGAGAUUGCUCGUCUUUUAGAGCAAGGAAUCAAGAGCGGAGUCGUCAAACCACUUCAUUCACACUCGUUCCCAGCUAACAAGGCUGAGGAGGCUUUCCGUUUUAUGUCUGCUGGAAAGCACAUCGGAAAGGUUAUCAUGGAGAUUCGUACCGAGGAAAGCACCAAGAUCUGCCCACCAUCGAGAAUCUCGGUUCGUGCCAUCUGCCGUACUCUCUGCCAUCCACAACACGUCUACCUGAUCACCGGAGGACUCGGAGGAUUCGGACUCGAGUUGGCUCAAUGGCUCAUCAACCGUGGAGCUCGCAAACUUGUGCUCACCUCAAGAACCGGAAUCCGUACUGGAUACCAAGCAAGAUGUGUUCACUUCUGGAGAAGAACUGGAGUCUCCGUUCUUGUCUCGACCUUGAACAUCUCAAAGAAGUCUGAUGCUGUUGAGCUCGUCAAGCAAUGUACCCAAAUGGGACCACUCGGAGGAGUCUUCCACUUGGCUAUGGUUCUCCGUGAUUGCUUGUUCGAGAACCAGAACAUCCAGAACUUCAAGGAUGCCGCCGAGGCUAAGUACUACGGAACCAUCAAUUUGGACUAUGCUACUCGUGACCAUUCGGAUAAGGAAACUUUGAAAUGGUUCGUCGUGUUCUCUUCCAUCACCUCUGGACGUGGUAAUGCUGGACAAACCAACUACGGAUGGUCCAACUCUACUAUGGAGAGAAUGAUCGACCAACGUCGUGCUGAUGGAUUCCCAGGAAUUGCCAUCCAAUGGGGAGCUAUCGGAGAUGUCGGAGUCAUUCUUGAGAACAUGGGAGACAACAACACCGUUGUCGGAGGAACUCUUCCACAAAGAAUGCCAUCUUGCUUGUCUUCCCUUGACAAUUUCUUGUCAUGGAACCAUCCAAUCGUCUCCUCGUUCAUCAAGGCUGACAUGGGAGCGAAGAAGAGUGCUGGAGGUGGAAACUUGAUGCAAACAAUUGCUCAUAUCCUUGGAGUCAAUGACAUCUCUCAAUUGAAUCCAGAUGCAAAUCUGGGAGAUUUGGGACUCGAUUCGUUGAUGGGAGUUGAGAUCAAGCAGGCUCUUGAGAGAGAUUACGAUAUUGUUCUUUCAAUGAAAGACAUCCGUACUCUCACUCUCAACAAGCUUCAACAACUCGCCGAGCAAGGAGGAACCGGCGGAACUGCUCUUCAAGUGAAUGAGUUGGAGAUGAAGAAGGACGGAGAAAGAGAUGCCGAGUUGAACACGGUUGAGAUGCUCGAGAAGCAAAUGAACCAAUUGUUCAAGAUGAGAGUCGACGUCAACGACUUGGACCCACAGGAUAUUAUCGUGAAGGCCAACAAGGUUGAGGAAGGACCAAUCACUUUCUUCGUUCACUCCAUCGAAGGAAUUGCCACCCCACUCAAGAAGGUCAUGUCCAAGUGUGAAUUCCCAGUCUAUUGCUUCCAAUCGACCAAGAACGUCCCACAAACCUCCAUCGAAGACGUCGCCAAGUGCUACAUCCGUGAGAUGAAGAAGAUCCAACCAACCGGACCAUACCGACUCAUUGGAUACUCUUACGGAGCUUGCAUCGGAUUUGAGAUGGCUUGCAUGCUUCAACAAUCCGAUGGACAAGAUGCUGUUGAGAAGUUGGUUCUUCUCGACGGAUCCCAUCUCUACAUGCAGACAUACCGUAAUGUCUACCGUAUGGCCUUCGGAGUCACUGGAGAUACCCUCGUCAACAAUCCACUCUUCGAAUCUGAGAUCAUGUGUGCCAUGACUCUUCGUUUUGCCAAUGUUGACUACAAGAAGUUCCGUGUCGAACUUCUCCAACAAUCUGGAUUCAAGGCCCGUGUGCAGAAGGUGGUGGACACCGUCAUGACAACUGGACUCUUCAAGUCAGAUGAGACUGUUGCAUUCGCCUGUAUGGCUAUGCAUUCCAAGUUCCUCAUGGCUGAUAAGUACAAGCCAGAGAGAAAGUUCCGUGGACAUAUCACACUGAUCAGAGCUGAGCAAGGAGCUGCCCGUGAGGAGGAUGUUGGAAGAGAUUAUGGUAUCAGCCAAGUUUCUGAUGAUUCUGAUGUGCACGUCGUCGAAGGAGACCACGACACUUUCGUCCAAGGAAAGUCGUCCGCCAAGACAGUGAGCAUCAUCAACUCCAUCAUUUUGAACAAGUAG